AUGAAGGCUGCUAGGUUAAUGGUAGAAAGGAAUCCUGAUUCAGAGUUGGUGUGUGCGGAGACGGCUCGGGCCACUGAGGUGUUUUGGUCAGUGGCGAGAUUGGAGGAGGCGUCGCUCUGGCAGAAGGCCAGGUUCAGCUGGCCCGAGGAGGGGGUGGAGGCACUUGGUCGGCCAGUGAGUGGGGAGGAGAUUCAGAAGGCUUUAUUCUCGAUGAAGUCUAGGAAGGCUCCUGGGCCUGAUGGGUUUUCGAUAUGUUACCUGCCUAGUGGAGUUAAUUCUACUGUUAUUACUCUCAUUCCUAAAAGGCGGGGAGCUGAACGUAUGGAGGAGUUUCGUCCUAUUUCAUGUUGCAAUAUUAUGUAUAAGUGUAUCUCGAGGAUCUCAGCUGAGAGAUUGCAGUUGUGGUUGCCUGAUUUCAUCAGUGAUAAUCAGUCUACGUUUUUUCCGGGUAUGCCCCUUCAGUUUGUGAGUUGGGUGAGGGCUUGUGUUACUUUGCCUAAGUUCUCUAUGAUGAUUAAUGGUUCCAUGAUCGGUGUGAACGUUUGGGCCACUCAUUUGGUUUUUGCAGAUGAUUUGAUGAUUUUCUGCGUAGUUGAGAGAAAUUCUUUGGAGUUUAUGAGGCAGGUAUUGAUAGAGUUUACAGAGCUGUCUGGUUUAGUUGCAAAUGUUGGGAAGAGUUCCAUGUUUGUUGCGGGUGUGGAAUCAGGGGAGGCGGAGGAACUAGCUGCGUAUAUGGGUGUCUCUCUUGGUUCGUUGCCUGUUAGGUAUCUGGGUUUACCUUUAUUGGCGGUUCGGUUGAGGGCUGUGGAUUGUGCACCUUUGAUACAGAGGAUUACAGCUCGUAUUAGAAGCUGGGCAGUGAGGUCCCUCUCCUUUGCUGGGAGGUUGCAGCUUGUUAGGUCUGUUUUACAGUCCUUUCAGGUUUUUUGGUGUAGCAUCUUUGUGUUUCCUGCGUGUGUAACUUAUGAGGUUGAUCGUCUGUUACGUAGUUAUUUAUGGAAUGGUAGUGUGGUGAGUCGGGGUGGUGCACGGGUGGUGUGGGAUGAGGUGUGCUUGCCGUUGGGAGGGGGGUUGGGCGUGAAGCAUGUGGCCUCUUGGAACCAAGCUGCUAUUAUGAAGCUGCUCUAG